GGCUAAGCGCUUUGGGUGUUGACACUUCAGCGCUUAAAACUGGUGAGGCCAUGUUGCAGGAUCAGUACCGCGGCGCCAGUUGAAGUCCAGACAGCGGCGAGGGCGGUAGUGUGGCGCUGCGCUCUGACCUCCUGGUGCUACACAUUCCGGUUUUUACCGACAAUGGGAUAUCUUAGUCCACCUUGAGACCGUGUAGUACGUAAAUAUAUGUAACUGUCGGACCGGUAGUGUGGAGAACUCUUGUAAGGCGCGACUACACCUUGACCUGUACGGGGAGUAGAGUAGACCUGUACAUCACAUGGGACGAUGCAUGUAUUUUGAAUAGAUUUGGUUCCCGUUUUGCAUCACAUGAAACGUGCACAAUGACACCCUGACACUCUGCACAGGAGCAAGUGGACAAAGGGGUGACGUAUGACGUGACGUCGCAGGAGUCUGCGUUAUAUUCGUGACAUGGUGACAGCUGUGUUUGUUUGGGGUCCUGGAGCUGCAGUACGUUGUUAUUAGUACCGGUGGAAGUGUUAGUAUGGGAUAGUUCCCCCAUCUCUAUAAUACUGCCUUCCGUCUUCAUCUCAAUUCACUGAUAUUCUCGGCAACCAUGAUUCUCCAGCGGCGGGCGGUCAAAAGACUUCUGCCAUUAGUUUGCUGCAUCCUCCUCCUGAGGCUGUACAUGCUCAGGGAGGAUGGAAACGGCCUUGAGGAUGAACUAGAGGAGCCACGCCAAUAUCCUCAGACUCGCGACACUUUGCAUCAGGACGCUCAUAGUAACGUGUUCAAAGUAGAUGAAAUCUUGACGAAGCCAGCUUUGGCCCAACAUGGUUUUAGCCAUAGCCGGUCUAGUAAUGGCCAGCCCAGCGAGGACCCGAUAUUUCCCUUACCAUUCGAAAGUCGCCAGCCAUCGAGGCUUCCCGUACGAUACAGAAAUAGUGUGGGUGACUUGCCUUUAGUAUUUGAAGAGAGUAAUGAAGGCAGCAGAAGGAACACCUUGUUUACACAGCGAGAUGAAAGAGAACCAAGGACUUCCAAGGGCAGUUCUCCUCUGUGGAUGAGAAUCACAGAUGAUGUUUAUACUUACAGUUCGUUCUGGGACACCCGCAGUGACCUUCCUGAAGGGCCAGUCGUCAGGGUGCUGGGAGCCAUUAGGUACCAGAGAGAACUAGUGAAGGAAGACGCAGGAUACAAGUGGAGUGGCGUGGUAAAAGAGGACAUGCUUAACGUUUCUUGUCUCCUGUGGUAUGAAGAUCAAGAAAAUCCGCAAGAUGGAGUAUUGAAAGCUUUUAUUUUUGAAGAAGGAUUGAAAACAUUUGUUGGUACUUUCUUUUUGUGCUAUCCACAAUUAUCCGAGGGUGAUUUCUUUGUAAAUACUAACAAGAGUGUUGAAGCAAAGAACAAUGGCAGAAAUCGCAUUCCGUAUGCUGUAUCAAUGGCUGCUCUCGGUACGAUAAACGCUUCCCAUAAAUUAAUAUAUUUAAGUAACGAUAAAACGUUGAAUGAGUUCUCCAACAGCAACACGAGUGCAGUGUGCGUUCGUCCUCUACACGGUCCUUACAGUGACCUUGAGGGUAUAACCCAGUUCAUAUCGUACUACGCCGUGGCCCUACUAGUGUCCCAUUUUUAUUUUUACGAUCUUGCUGUGAGCCCCGAGGUGAAGAGGUUACUGAAACUAUUCACCACAGACAACGUUACAAUUGAGAUCCUUCCCUGGAACGUACCGACAAGCGAGUGGUCGGAAUUCUGGGACCUAGGAAGUCUCACGUCCCUCAAUGAUUGCGUGUACAGGAGUGCAGGACGUCACCGGUAUGUUGCAAUCGUUGAUUUGGAUGAAUUCAUGGUCCCCAAAACUCCCGCAGCAGAUCUUGGCGAGCUGUAUCACAAUGUCCUCAAGCCCAAACACGGGGAGGUGGGCGAUGCUGCUCUCAUUCUCAAUGCAUUUUUCUGCUUUGAUUUCAAGGAAAAUACCAAUAAAAAUCAUACCAGUUUCCCGAUGUUUCUACAUACCCAGAGAGAGGCUCGCCUCUGGCCCCCUAAAUCGCGCUCUAAAAUGAUAUUGAUCCCGGAAGCCAUCGUCUCAGUUGGCCAUCACAUGGUUCACCACUUCCUACGGAAAACUUCAAAGAACCGAAGUUCUCCGAAGCAUGUUUCAGUCUUGCACCACUACCGCACAUGUGGAGACCUCCGCCUGGGAAUACACGGCACUGGGAGUCCUGUUCUCAUCCAAGAAACAGUAAAAGAUGCCGCCAUUGUGAAAUUCAAGAAAGCUGUUCUCGGUUCCAAAAUUGUGGCAUUGUACAAGAAUUUUAUCAAGCAUGAAAUGAUAGACAAUUUCUAAUUUCAAUAGUGAGUUGAAAGAGAUUCUGUUAAAACAAAAAGACAGCUAGUGGAAGCUUGUUGACAGAUCGAGAGAGAUUUUAAGGAGCAAGGCCCUGAAUCGUUAUUUAAAGCACAUGAAGGUUAAGAAUUCUGACGAUUUAGAGCAUAACAGGAGCUAGUUGAGUUUGACAACAACAAGGCCUUUUAUAGGAAGAAGCGCCAUGGCUUCUGCUGUUGGGCCCUGAUUACCGUCCCGCUUCUGUGGUAGUGAAUAAAAUGGUAACUAAAUGAACCACCUCUAGAUCCUUGAGAAUUAUUUGUCACAACUGUGCCAUAUAUCCCGUUUGCUUGACGGGGGGAGGGGAGGGGGAUGAAGGGGGGGGGGGCCAGCCCCACCCUCUACUUCCCCCCCAUGCCAUGUCAGCUCUUAACUCUCGACGAUAUGUUUGGGGUCCACUUACAUAGACCGAAUAUAUCAACCAUAAUUAAACUGCUAAACAUGCAGUUGAUCUCCAGCUGUACAUUCAUUUCGGAAAUUUUUAAUUUUGUUUGAGAAGCUGGUGUCAAGACUAUUGGUUCGGCUCAACGGAAGAGUCAGAGAUCUUGUGUCGACCUUCAGGGUUAACAUGCCUCUUCCCCCAUAUCUGGAAGAUGACUUGCAGGUAAAUUCGUACCCGAUGCAGCGGCUGUACCUAAUCUUCAAGGCUCCGGUAUUGGCAAGCCGGCGUCGGUUGCGAAUGAGCUAGACAAACACGUCUCACCUCCCUCCUGGUCAGACGAUGCCAGGUUGUCGGUCCUGCUGGAAAGUUGUGUAUAUAAAUUUCUGUGAUGUUUAUCACAUACCUGAUAGACAGGGCAUCUACCUUAAUAAUUAUUAUAAUUUAAUAAAACAAAGUACAGUACAUUGUUUCAAAUGUUUAUCCUUUUUCCUGAAAAUACUUGUUCAUCCUUUCCAGGCAAGUGUCCUUGUAGGAGGGGAACACAGGGCUAUAAUGAAG